CCAGUCCGUGUCUCGGAUAUAAAGUGGUCGCGUGCUUGCAAGCUCAGUCACUCUGUCCCGUGGAGGCACCGAUCCUUGCAGGCCGCCAGCGAAAAACAACCCCCGGAUCCCUGGAUCGCACACCCCCGUCGCUCCUUCGUCACCUUACACGAGACUUGAAGAGAUCAUGUCGUCGCUAAGAGUCGCCGUGUUCCUGGCCACGGUUCUGAUGAUCCUAAUCGACUGGUCCGCUGCCCUGCCGGCCCCCGACAAGGAGAGACUCUUGAACGAGGUAGACCUGGUGGACGACGACAACAGCGUGGAGAAGGCCCUGAUCAGCUACCUGUUCAGGAAGGAGAUCGAGAAACGGCUUCGGAACCAGCUGGACGCGACCGAUUUACAACGCAAACGCAGCUACUGGAAGCAGUGCGCGUUCAACGCGGUCUCGUGCUUCGGCAAAUAGAUCUUUCAAGCAGCGAUCAGCAGCAAGCUUCCCCCUUCGUCUGUCUAUUCUGGUCUCUUCGGGUCUCUUUCCGGUCAUCUAGCUUCCGUCAAACACCAAUAUCCGCCUCCAAUCGAAUCGACAUCCGCGCGGACGUCCCGCAGCUUUCAAAAUAUAUAAUCCAACGACUUCUUCGCGAUUGUGAACGGUAGCCUCGUUAACGCGUUGAGUGCCGCGCCGGCGACACUGAUUGCUCAAUCGGGCUUCGAAAUUCAUUUUCGUUGCAAUUCGACCGCGGAUUUUCACGCGGAAUCAAAAUUUCCUGCAUCGUUCGCCAGAAACCAACGCGACAGGAGAAUAGAUUGUUUCUUCCGACAGUUUUGUUGACUCGAGGACGGCGCAACGAUAUCGUUAAAAUCCUCUUACGUCCUCGCAAUUUUACAAUUCACCUACUCGUUUUUGCCGUAAACGCGUUGGAUCCGCGGUCCAAGUGCGAUGCAUUGAACAAUUUCAACGAUACCAGGAUUCUCGGGAUACAAAAGAGGUAAAUCGAUCUGUCCCACGGUAUACUUUCACUUUCUAGUUUCGGUUUCGUCGAUCGGAUGCAUGUUUGCGGGAAUUUUCGCGGAUUUAUUCGGCACACGACGCGUCGACUCUUUGGGGCACAGGAUUUCCGAAAAUAAAAUAGACCCGCGUUGCACAGAAAUUUUAUCGCGCUUCGAAUCAAA